AUGCUCUUCCGACAGCUUGAUAGAUACUCUAUCUGCCAGAAGAGAAGAAUGGAGAAGAGGGUGAACAGUGCACGAGAUUGCUGGGCUUUUGCAACUGCUGGAAAUCAUCCAUUCCCAAGAAACCCUAAUGGUUUCUACCCAUUUUGGCUAAGCUUUUCCCUUCCUUUCUCUUCUCCUCCCUUGGCUUUUCCUAUCUUGGUGAAAUUUCCUCUGUCUAUUCGCACAAAAUCAGGAAAUUUGAGAGCUCAAGGCCCCUUUCCCGCAGCUGUUCCAGUGGGAGGCUCCAUUCUUAGCUAUUUUUCUUCUUUUUUCCUUCCUCCUUACUUGGCCAGAUUUGAUGAAAGAAAGGAAGCGGAUAUACAUGCGGGUUCGAAGGGUGCUUCUGGCAGCUCGCAGGCUAAUAUUCUUUGGUUCCUUGAAUGUUUCUUGCCUGGAACUUGCUCCCCUCAUGUGCUGGAACCUCCAGCAGCUUUGUUCAAUAAAUCUUCAGACCUCCCCCUUCGUGGCUUCUAUUUUUCUAGCAAGGGGCUGAGGCUUUUGUGGCUUCUUUUGGAGUUUUGUACGGGCCAAGAAAUGGGCUUGAGUCCCGAGGCUCCCAAGCGACCCGAGACUUCCAUUUCUCAUCCCAUCAAUGGGCCUCAUGUUGAUUUAUUACCAUCCAUACCACAACCCACUCAAGCAAGCCCCGGGUUUUGA